AUGCAUCACCAUCAUCCCCAUCCCCCAGCUGUUGCUGCACCCGGAGCAACAACAACAACAUCGAAGUCUUCAACAAAUUCCAAUACACCGGCCGUAGGUGCAACAACAACAUCAUUAGCCAUACCAUUACAACAAGCUGCAAGUACCACAACCAGCAGUACACAACCUCCGCCACCACAACAACAACAGCCACCCACUCAUCGCCGACGUAAGAAACGUCCCAAUUAUGGCACCCGAACCGUUGAGGUGCGACGUGGUUAUAAUGGUUUUGGUUUUACCAUAUCCGGCCAACAGCCAUGUCGUUUGUCAUGCAUUAUUGCAAAUUCACCAGCCGAUCAGGCGGGUCUACGUGCUGGAGAUUUUCUCAUCUCCGUAAAUGGUUUGAAUGUCUCCAAAUUGCCGCAUGAGACAGUGGUACAAUUGAUUGGAAAUUCUUUUGGUAGUAUUCGCAUGCAAAUUGCCGAACAUUAUUAUUCGGAUAGUACGGAUGAAGAGAAUGCAGUGGCGGCUGGUGUUAUGCCAACAAUGCCCCAUAUGGGACCCUCUCGACCACGUUAUAUCUAUCAUAAGACGAAACAACAAAGGCUGCGGCAUCAAUUGCCACAGACAAAGAAAUAUUUUGAUUCUUCGAGUGUAGCAGUGCCGUCGUCGUCUAGGACCAGCAACACUACUGGCCAGCCGUUGAAAAAAUUGCCUCAACCUUUGAUGAAAUCAAUUUCUAUGGAUGCUGCUGCGGCCAGCAAACGUUUCGUAAAUGAGAAAUUGGUUACUUCGGAGGAGUUAGCACCUCCUGCUGCUGCUGGUGGUGGCUCUCAAUCCCACUUGCAACAUCAACAACAACAGGCUGCCGCAAAUUUCCGAGCCUUAGUUAUGCGUGGACCCACCAGUGCCGCCCUGGAGUAUCGCGCCAUUGUUGGCUAUUUGGGUACCAUUGAAAUGCCCAAACAAAUUGCCAACAGCAGUAAACUGCAAACCGUACGAUCCUGCAUACGCAAGCUGAGGCAAGAAAAACGCCAACCCACAGUCGUCCUGAUGAUUAUAUUACCCGAUUGCCUGAAACUGCAAGCCAAUAAUGGUAAAAUCUUGGCCACAUAUCCCUCGGCCCGUUUAAAUUAUGUUAGCUCUUCGUCGGAAAGUGAAAAUCGGUUCUUUGGUUUGGUUACCAGUGCUGUCUAUAGUCCUCAGCUGGAUGAUGUUGAUGAUGAUGACGAGGAAGAAGGGGAUCCGGAAGAGCUGCAGGGUGAAAGGAGCAGAAAUCACAAUGGUGACAAUGCUGCAGAUGAACAACAAAAUUCCCGAAGACCACCGGCACCACCAAACCUAACCACUUCGUCAAGUGUCGACAGUAAUGUCAUCAUCUCGAAUUCGUGUCAUGUCUUUGUGGUCGAUACCAAACUCUGUGAACAUCAACAACACUUAGCCAAAGCCCAAGAAUUUUGCAUAGAAUGUACCAAAGAUCCCAUAUCGAAUUUAUGUCUAGAAUUUCCCAAUAAUUCGGAAUAUGUGGUAAAUUUAAUACGCAGCAUGUACACCAUGCGUAUUGUACCGCCCAUAACACAGCGAUCCAUAUCCGAUGAUCCCACAAUGCAUGGUGGUGGCGCAGGGCGUAAUGAUAAUAUUGCCCACUCCCCGCAGCCGAGUAAUCACAGUGAGGUAUCGACAACAACAUCGAAUUCUGAUUCUGGCAUUGGUUACAAUAAUGAUUGUUCCAAUGUAACGGAUCGCAUAGUUUUGGUGGAUUUUUCACUGCACAAUGCAGGAGCUCGAGGUGGUGGUGGUGUGAGAGCCCCAUCUGGUGGUGGAGGAGCUGCCGCAGGCAAUCAUAAUGUAAUUAUUUCACCCAAACGGCCACAAAAUAUUUGUGAACAAAAUAUAAAUUCCGAUGAGAUACCCUCCAGCAGCAAGCAUCACAUUCCAAACCCACAUCGAAUGGUUGCCACAGAAUCUAAAAUUAACUACAAUAGUCCGGGGCGAUCAUUAAUGGUAUCCCGUUCCUGUGAUGAUGUUUUGAAUUUAAUUGAACAAGAACCCGAUGCGGAUGAUGGACACAAUUUAGAUCCACUAACAUCGGUGGUGCCAUUUCAACAAUGUUAUGCCUCAAUGGAUGAUAUAUCCCUGCAUACAGCCUCCAUGGAAAAUGAGGAUAAAAUUGUGAUAAGCAGAUCUACGAAGCCUGAUAACGUAAAUCCCCUUCAUAUAACUCUAACAAAAGCUGAUAAUGAGAAGAAUUCGAGACAUUCUAAUGAAGGUAGAAGGAAAUCCCUGAAUCUAAAAAUUCCCAACUCAAAUAGUUUACAAAAUCUAACAGAUAUCAGUGAUACGACCACCUCUCCCCUAAAUACAACAACAAGUAAACUAGCAAGUACACCCGAUUUAUCGCGAACAGAUUUUCCCGAUGGUUUAUCCACCUUUGAAAGAGGUUGGAUACAAAGCUCUUUGCGGACACCUCGGGCAGAUAAACACACCAUACAUUUGUCAGCACCAAAUCCCGAGGACGAUGAUAGCCAAGACCAGUUGGAUUUACAAAAACACUAUAAAAGUCCCAGCCUCAGUAGAUCGGCCUCAAUGAACAACGGUGAACGUAGCUCGUUUAAGAAAAAACUAAGCGAUUCUAAGAGCAACGUAAAGAAGGGUCCCACUUCCUGGGGUACAUCUAUUGAAAUACUGCUUGCCGAUCCAGCGGGGCUGAAGACCUUUGCCGAAUUUCUAAAACUUGAAUAUGCUGCUGAAAAUAUUUAUUUUUGGACAGCCUGUGAACGCUAUCGCCAUAUCGAAUCGGAAACGGAACGGCGUGAUCAGGCGCUGGAAAUUUUCAAAAAACAUUUGUCCAGUGGUUCAAUGGAACCGGUCAAUGUGGAUUCACAGGCUCGCGGUUUGGUGGAACGUAAUUUACCCCUAGCCGGACCGGACUUGUUUCAUCCGGCGCAAAAACAAAUUUUUAAUUUAAUGAAAUUCGAUAGCUAUCAACGUUUCCUGCGUUCGGAACUAUACAAACAAUGUCUGCAAGCCGAGAAGAAGGGUAAAUCAUUACCCUAUUCGGGUGAUAACUUGGAUGAUCUGCUCAAGACGACAAAUUUUUCAGAAAGUGCCUCAUUAAAGUUAAAGAAAUCGGCAAGCAACGCCGAAGAGGGGCGCCCACGUAGAAGUCUAUUGCCAUGGCAUCGCAAAACUAGGAGUAAAUCACGUGAUCAGAUAGCCCAGGAUAAUAACAAGGAAUCAUCGAAUUCAAAAUCUCAAAGCUCCCAUGGGCUUAAGCCGAAUGCCAUACAUGGUUCUGCUUCGUCGCUGACAUCCUUUGAUGCCUUGACAUUUAACAAUAACAUGGCCCCCAAUGAUUUGUGUCGUAUCAAAUUUCCAGAUGGUGCUACUACCAUGGUACAGCUGAAGACGCAGGAAACGGUGGCCGAAUUGGUGGAACGUCUAAUGGAAAAACGUAGUAUACGCUAUCAGUUUUUCGAUGUGACCAUUAAAGGGCCACCCAGCAAAUCAGUGGAUCUGAAAUCUCUGGCCAAAGAGUUGGCCAACAAAGAGGUGGAAAUCGAACAACGAGUUGCUUUCAAACUGGAUCUACCCAUACCAAAGGUUAUAUCGGUGAAAAGUAAACCCCGGAAACAACUGUAUGAAGUGGUGCGACCCAUACUACAAAGAUAUCACAUAAAUCCGGAACUGGUGGAGGUGUUAAUGCGUGAUAGCCAAACAAAGGUGGAUCUGACACAAUUGGUGACGUCCGUCAAUGAACAACGUCUCCAGGUGGUUUAUAAAAAAGAGAUGGCAUAUCAUCGUAAGGCUCCCACCAUAACGAAAAAUUCAAUAGCCGAGGGUCUGCAGAGCACACAGACCACAUUGGAUGCAAUUACCAAUAAGGUUUUCAGUGAUCUAAUGCAAGUCAAACAGAGUCAGGAGGAGGCUGGCGGUGGGGCAGCAAUGAAACCCAAAUUCGAUCAAUGCUCAACAAAAUCCGAAGAAUGCCCCUCGGAAAGUUCAUCGUCAUUCUUUAAGAUACGUAAACACAAAAGAGAUUCAAUGAAUAACAAUGCGGUAGCAGUUUCAGGAACAGCAUCCGCGGCAGCAGGAGCAUCGCGUAACAAUAAAACAUCGAAAAAGUUGAACAUUCUACCAUCAUCACAAUUGGUUGGUGAAAAUAAAAUCAUUCCGAAUAAAUUAAUAAAAACGGGAAUAAAGCUUCCGCUACCCUUAAAAGGGGUUGAUAAACAAGAUGAUCUACUGGAAGAUUUAAAACGGGCUCAAUUGGCCCGCUUGGAAGAUCAACGGGGCACGGAAAUAAAUUUUGAAUUACCGGAAUUUCUGAAAAACAACGAUACCACGACGAAUCAACUAAACAAAUCGAAUAAUAGUGGAGAAAAUGUGAACUCGAAUGAAGAACAAAAACCAGAAACACCAAUUGAGAGGCCACCACAGCCGGCACCUCGACAUUCCAUUAGUAAUAAGUCGAAAACAAUUACCACACCCACAUCUCCCAUAAAAACCGGUGGCGAUUCAGCAAUUGAUAACAAAUCAGAACAAUUGGAUAAUUUUAAUACUCCCGCAAAGGGUCCACCACCUUUACCACCCAAACCGAAAGUUCUGCCCAUAAAACCCUCAAAUUGGGGUGUCAACAUUGCCCAACUCAAGCAAAUGUCGCCGACAACACCACCACCACCUCUCCAACCAUCGCCCACACCCUCCAUCGCAUCACCCCAAUUGACAAAUGUAAAUGUUGUUGCUGUUCCCGCCACUUCAUCAAAUUCCAGUCCAAAUGGUCGUUGCGCCUAUUUGGAUCAACCUAGUAGUAGUUUUGUUUAA